UGGUGGGAGCCUGGCAAGUUUUCAAGCCGUCCCAAACUCUAUUCAACAGUCGGACUGCACAGGUGCGUUCAGCGCUUCCUUUGUAUUCCGUAGGUAAUUUUAACGAAAUCCCAUCCGAAAACGCCAUUGUUCGUCUUUUACUACAAUUUACUACAAGUUGGUACGGUGAUACCUGCGUCGGAAGACUUCCUAACUUGACUCGGACUUAGUUUAAAGAAAGGAGAAAAAAAAAACAGUGUGCAAGUGACCAUCGGUGGCGAUGUGCUGAAAGUUUGAAACCGCGAUUAUCUGAAACAAUAACGUAUAUACGCGCCUCGGGCCACUCCAGAAACUCUAUUUCAGUGCGAUUCCACAGAAAUCUUUAAAUAGACCAGUGACACUAUGGACAUAAUAUGAAGACGGUGCUAUAUGAUGACUCCCAUAAAAAUGUUGGUGAUCAUGUGCUUCAGUGAUGCUUAUUUUAAAUAACCACGUAGAUCAUUAAUUUAUUUAUUUAUGUGCUGUGUAUAUAUGUGUAAAAAUCCAACACUCUAGUCAAUGUAUAUAGACAUUUUAAGGCCUUACAGCGAUAUGGGCAUAAAAACAAUGAAAGCUUUCAGUAGACCAAAAGAUAUCCCGACGCAGGUUCCGCCACUGACGCCGGGUACGAACAAAACGAUGGCUGAGGCGCUAAAAGCGUCCUUUGCUUCGUGGGAAAAAGAACAAAUAAGAUUAAACAUUACCAAAGAUCCUCGUCAGUGGACAGAAAACCACGUGGCCCAUUGGUUGCAGUGGGCAGCCAAGGAGUUCUCCCUGGAGUGCAUUCCGUUGCAUCAGUUUAGGAUGAAGGGAAAGGACAUUUGCGCCAUGGGCAAAGACACCUUUUCGGCAAGGGCACCCGCCUUCGUUGGCGACAUUUUGUGGGAACACCUCGAGCUUCUCCAAAAAGAUGUUGAAAAAGAAAGGGCAUUAAGUCAAAACAUAGUUCCUAAUGCCAUGUACGAUUCUAUGUGCGUGCCGGAGAUGAGCUACAUUGACUACAGUCAAUUGCCCGAAGAUCGCAAACCAGUGGUCACCCCCGUUCCCCCAACGAACACCCCUGUGCCUAACAACAACAACUUUCUUCACGAGGGAGGUUAUGGCCAGUUGAGGAGUCCAGCCUGUCCGAGUACAGACGAAAUUAGAGACGAAAGCUCACCACCCCCACCGUCAUCUGCAUACAUCAACCUCCACCACAGAAGCCCCGCAUAUCACCAUCUGAAAGAUGGUUACAAAGGUUCGUGUCCACCAGGCAGCGAAUCGUCGGGUGGCAACUUCACCGGCCUGGAUAGCGGCAAUAUCCUACCGAACGAAGACCACCAGCCCCACAUGUUCCAGACGCCGUACCACUCGCCGGAAGAGCACGAGUACCAAGCGCUGGAAGCCAACCACCAGCAACCCUAUCUCGAGAGCUCCCCCGAGCUGUACGCGGCGAACAGCUUCAUCGAAUCCAAGUACCAUCCGCAGAACUUCGUCAAGAGUUACGUGAGAAGUACAGGAAGGUACAACGACAGCGAGACAUACGGAUACGGUUCGCCGUACGACGGCGCCUUCCAGACGGUGCCGAGCGCCACCAACAACGGCCAGGACCAGUGGGGCCAGAACCAUGACCUGUCCUCGUUGGCGCACGCGCACGGUCACACUCAUCCCGCUUUCCUGCCGACGGGAAUGGGACGCGAUCCCCUGACUCUGGGUCAGGACACCAAACCCAUGAUCACCAACGGGAUGAUCCAGGGCUAUCCUAACAAUGCGGGCGCCGGAGGACCUUGUUUCACAGGUUCGGGUCCGAUUCAACUGUGGCAGUUCCUGCUCGAGCUACUAACGGACAAGACCUGUCAAGGUUUCAUUUCCUGGACCGGUGACGGGUGGGAGUUCAAACUUACAGAUCCUGAUGAGGUUGCGCGGCGCUGGGGCAUCCGCAAGAACAAGCCCAAGAUGAACUACGAGAAGCUGUCGCGCGGUCUCCGAUACUAUUAUGAUAAAAAUAUAAUACAUAAGACUGCUGGCAAACGAUAUGUAUAUAGAUUUGUUUGUGAUUUGCAAACAUUACUUGGAUACAGUCCAGAAGAACUACACGCAAUGGUGGAUCUCAAACCAGAGAAAAAAGAAGACGACUGAACAAAUGUUCAAAACAAGAACUUUAUGAAUCUGCUGUUUUGAAAUGGUGCCUAAGAUAUUCCAAAAAACAAAAACAAAACAAAAUCAAACGUAAAUAACAUACAAUUUUAAAAUUAACAAAUUGCGUAUUUUUAUAGACUGUAAAUUCAUUUGUUAUGUAUCAAAGUUUAAAUGCUGUUUUUUGUUAAAUUUGUUCAAAAUUUGUCAAAUAAUAUUUAAAUGAUCGACACAUUUGCUGUGUGUUAAACUAUUAGCAAUACAUGAUGAUUCGCAGAUGAAUCGCAACAUAUUUUCUAUUUUUAAAUAAUUUUCAUUAGUUAGGUGCCAUUGUUAAAAUAGUUAUUUUUAUACAAACUUUCAACACUCUGAAUGGUUAGUCUGUGAAAAAGUUUACUAUAACAUUUGUAUUGUUCCAUGAUAAUUUAACACACAGUGCAAUCUGGAAAGGGACGUUCAUUGUAAAUUUACAAAGGACCGGAGUUGUGUAAAGAUUAAGUAAUAUAAAAUGAUCUGUAACAAUGUUCGACUUUCCAAGUUUAAUGCACAGAAAUAUUUUUAAUAAAUCAAACAUACAACGUGUGUGAUUUCUCAGAUAAUAAUUAAGCAACCGUUAAAAGGCUCUCUUUCACUAGAAAUUUUUCUUGAGGGUUUUUGCGUUUGUUAUUUCAACCUAAUUUGUAAAUAUCCAUAAAUAAUUAUUGUGAUAAGUAUAAUUAAAAAAUCGAAAUGGUUGAUCGAAAUGAACACACACAAAUUUAGUGUUCAACUAACACAUUUAUGCGGAUGUUUUAGUUGAACACUAACAAAUAUAUUCUUGUUUAUUUUGACCAAUCUAUGUAUUAAAUCUCAUUUUUAUACACCGUCUAUUCUAGUUUUAAAACUUGUUAUUUAAAUCAAAAUUGUGUUUUUCCCAGACGGUUGUUAAAAAUGUAACGAUGCAAAUGUUUUUCAAUCAGUUUUUGCAAUAACUGAAUUUUUAAAUGGAUAACUUUUUUACUAUUAAUGUGGUCUCAAUCGUCAAGUAUGUUUCUACAUAUUUAAGUUAUUAUUAAAAUAAAAAGUAUACAUAAUGACGGCAAAUGAUCUCGUUUAAGGGGUCAUCUUUGCCCAUGAUGUAUUUUAAUGUGUUAAAUAUACGUAUAAUGUAUUAAAUAAAUAAUGUUUCAAUAAAAUAUGGUUUUACCAUUA